AUGGCAACCAUUAAAGUAGUUCACGAGACUGCAACCCGUCGGUUUACCCUUUCCCCCAAUUCUACUUUCUCCGGUCUUGAAUCCCAAUUACGAACCCUUUUCUUCAUUCCACCCUCUACUCCAGUUACCGUCUCCUAUACUGAUGACGAGGGUGAUAAUAUUACCAUAUCUAGUGAUUUGGAACUUCAAGAAAUUAUUUCUCAGCAAUCAGCUGGUCACCCAAUAAAACUAUUCCUAAACACAUCUACCGGACAUGCUCGCGAUAACGGACCUAUUGUUACUAGUAGAGACACAGAAGAAAUUCCAGAAACCCAGCCUAAAUCCGAAUCAAGACCUUCUUCUGCAUAUAGGCAUGUAGGUUUUGCUGAUGAAGAAACCGAGGAACAGUUGUAUGAAUUCAUUGCCGAUGAAAGUAAUAAAGAAAAAUCCGAGAGACAAGAAUCUUCCGAAUCCAGCGUAAGAGGACAAGAGAAAGAGAAAGAGAAUAAAGAGAAUGAAGAUGACGAUGAUGUCAUUUUUAUAAAAUUCAAUCGUCCACCGAGUUUUGGUCCUCUUUUUGAUCUUUUCGGUACAUUAGAAUUUGAACCUUUCGGUUUAGGUCAAUUUCCUUUUGGAUCUACGUUUGGACCUUCGUUUGGCGGAUGUCAAAAUUACCGAAAUUACGGUGCCAAGAAUCAUUGUGGUAGAAAUUCCAGCGGUUAUAAUUCCUCCUCCAGAUUUAACAAAACUGCAGAAUACAGCCGUGCUGGUCCUUGUGUAAACGGUUACGGUCCACGUCCCGAAUGUAGGAGAUUUCGAGGUUACCACAAUUUCAACCAACAUCUUACCUCUGAACAAUUAGCAGAUAAGCUCAAAACUUUAAACUCUAUGGGAUUCGUAUAUGAUAAUGCUAAAUACGAGGAUUUGUUGAAGAGAUAUAAUGGUAAUGUUGGAAGAGUCGUGGAGAUUUUACUUAGAGAACAAGAAGAAAGUGAUAAAGCUUCAAGUUCUAAAUCUGAAGAACAAAGUUUUGUUGAAAACGAACAAGAAACCGCGCAAUAUUUUGUUCCUGUUGUGGAAGUUGACCCGGAGAAUCGUCCUUAUAGUUUAUAG